UCCAUCGCAUCUCCUCCUCCGAGCCUCGAAGCUCUCGCUGGACCGCACUCCGUCGCGGAUUGUUCCGGAUUGCCCGAGUCCCUGUCCAUUUCUCCCCCGUUUCAUGCAGUUUCGCAAUACUCAUCCUUCCUUCAUUGCGUGCCCAGUCAGUUCCUCCCUUUUACAGCGUUGCAAACGAACCUAGGAUCCGAAAUUAAGUCCAUUUCGCGCGCAUUCGAAGCGACUUGAUGAGUCACGUCGGGAGGCUCUUAGUUGCGCUUUGAGGGAUUGAGGUCUGUGUGAGUGAGUGACUGUUCGUUUUAGGUACAUUCCGUGGCGGACUAAGGCGUCUUGUUUUAGUAUUCUACGUCAAGGGUUUCUUCUAGUUUUUGAAUGAGUGUUAGGUUUUGAGAGGUUGUGCUGGUGAUUCUGUUAGAGGGAUUUUGUAGUGGAUCCGCUCUGCUUGGAUUGUUGAUUUCAUUGCAGCUUCUUUUCUUUUCUUUUUUUUUAUUAUUGAGAUUGAGCUGCAUUGUUUACAUCUUUGGCUGGUUUAGUGCGAAGCUAGCCAAGACCAAGAACAAGAACAAACCAGAAUGCAUUAUCGAAAAAUUUGGCGCUUCCUCGUUUCUGCAGCGGGUGCUUAUUAGUCGGGCGUGGAUUCCUUUUUGUUUCUUUUAAGCUUUCGUCUGGCAAUUUCAUGGGUAGGUUACGUAGAUUUUGUACUGUACGGGAAUAAGGAAGGAAAACUCUGUUCCUUUGGUUUUUGAAAUUGCGGGUGGAGAACUACGAGUCAAUGCGAGACCACAUUAAGGAGAUGUGAUUGCUGCAACUGCAUUUCCCAUAGUCUAAAUUCAACGUUCAAGUCCUUAUCCAUUUUCUGGAGAAAACUGUUACAUUCGAUGAUGUGGCUCUUCGACGUGGUAUUUUGAGGAAUCUCGUCAAACUAGGUUAUACAGUGUGGGGGCCAUCAUGGGCGAAAUGUUUGAGAAAGCUCGUGUUGCCAUGAAGAACUUUACAGACAUUUUUGGUAAAACUGACGGCGACCGUUCUAAGUGCCCUCGAUGUAAAGGAAGCGGAUUUAAUUCAGGGAAUCACUUUUGGAACUGGAAUCAGUCCUCUCCAUCCACUGAAUCGUGUUGGUUUUGUGAAGGGGUUGGCAUGAUGCCCGUGAUAGGUUUGAACGGCUUCAUGUUUGGACGGUCUAAGCCCAUUAUAAAUACAAAGAACGUGAAUCCGCUGCCUGAAUUGCCUAUGAAAAUGCAGCUCUACUUAGGAAAGUAUCCGGAGACGAAAUGCACAGUAAGGACUUACAAACCAUCUUUGAAGCUUGCUGAUAUGCUAUAUGAUACUAGUAGCUUCCCUAGCUGGAUGAAUGGAACCAAUGAAGGAGCAGUGUGCUCUAGCUCUGCGAGCACUUCUGCUCCAAGCUUGGAAGGAGGACAUAAUUCUUCUUUGUUAACGUCAAGUGCAAAUGAACCAUCCAAGUCUUCGACCCAAGGGGUGAUACGGACUGGAUACAGAGCAUCUAAUAGAAGUCGGGUUUUUAUGUCGUCCCAUAACUUGGAUGAAUUAAAUCCUAGCGCAAGCAGAUCAUCACAAAAAUCUCCUUCCAAAGUUUUGUCCUCUCAAGAAUCUCCGGCCUCUCUAUCAAUAGAGCGGAGUACUAAUAGAAUAGCUAGACCCACACCAAGGGGAUCAGGUGGUAGUUUACUGGUUACUGUAAGAAAAACCGUGUGCUCUUCCACGUCUAUCUCCAUGCGAAUACCUUCGUCGUCAAUGGCGCAAACGUCGGCUAGGUUAGGAGCGCUCGUCGCUUCUGGCAAUCUACGCAACUCAAAGGUGACACGCAAGUCUCCACUUUUCAGGACGAUCAAAAGCAGAAGGUUGCCAAGGCGGGUGAGGAAUCUGAUUAGGGAGGAGGCAGAGAAGCAAGCUGUUCAGAGAGCCUACAAAUUUCAGAAGCCUUGUGUGCCUCCAUCGGAACCUAGAAGUUCAGCAACCUCCGACUCUCCUGUUGCUGAAACGGAUUCUAAGCAGUUAAGUGGUACAAAACUUGAGCAUUUCGGUAACUUUUCUCUGGGGAGCAAGGAAGCUGUCAACAGUCAAAACCCAUGGCGAAAAAUGAUCAUGUCCAGCGGGAAAAUCUCAUCAGAUUUGACAACAUUCAAUCAGUUAACUCUUGGCAAGGUGAAGGAUGGGAUUAUUCGGACUCCUGCACUCGGUAAAGCAUUCUAGCUCCAUCGACCAAUGCUACUAUUCUUGUAGCCUUGUAAAUUCGGAGAGUUGCAAUUUUUUUGCAGAUACUUAAAACAUUUUUCGUAUUAAAAUGUAAUCAUUGUUAUCACAAUUUAAAAUACACGUUUGCCACUUCGCAGUAUUUUCCCAUUGUUGACCUGAUUAUUUUGUAAGGAAUCUUUUUUCAUGCAAUGCGCUUCUUCAGUUGCGGGGGAGGUGAGGCUAUAACUGAUCAAGGUUGUAAUUAUCCUCGCACCAUUUUCAAAGGUUCAAUAUUAGGUGGUGUUGGGGCAUCCCAGAUUAGGCAUACUCCGAUUUGGCAUGACCUGAUAUCCCUAUCAACUCUGUUGUUUUGGCAAGGAGUUUUUUUUAGCAACGGUUAUAAAUGCGACUUUUAUAGCUACUGUGUAAGCAAACUGCAAAGCCAUUAAAUUACUCAAACCCAAUUCAAAACUGUACGUUGAUUUCAAGUACACUUCCUCAGUGCCCAGUCUGGGGUUGAUUCUCGGUUGCUCGCAAAUUGGUUCUAACGCUAAAUUUUAAACAAAGUAACCAAGGUACGUGCCUUAAGAAUCUGCCUCGCAGACAACAGUUCUUUGUGGUUCGAAUAUCUUGUGGAACGUGAAAAAUGAUUACAGGCUACUUUCAAUCACCGCUUCUUGUGUACGGCGUUGAUGAAUCAUCACAGGCUUGCAUGGUAAGCAGAAGCGUGCAUGAGCCGUUCUUGUAUCACCAAGCCACUGGUAAGGAUUCCCUUUCACUGCAUGCUGCCUUGAAAGUUCAGAUCUAGCCCGCUUUCCGUGCAAUAUUCUGGUCAAUCUUAAUUUUCUAAGUGGAGUUGCAGCUGUACACACUGGCGGUCUCUGCUGGAUAUAUUGACUCUGCACAAAUGAUCGGCUUUGCAGAGUUGUGCUUAAAUUGCACGAAUGGUCCCUGAUUCAAGCCCUAGCUACGAUUAGUGAGGUAUGCUUAAAUUAGCAUCGAUAUUAGUGUUCCUGCGUGUGUUAGGCGCUGAAGAUUUGUUAUUGUAGAGGCUCUUUUGAAGAACCUUGAACCAAACUUAGUCUUGCGAGAAUUAUGAAGCGAAAUUUGGGAUGGCAGCAAAGCAGGGCGACUUUGUUGAACCCUCUCGGGAGGCGGUUGCGCCAGAGGCGCUGGUAACUUACUAACUCUCUGCCAUUAGCGAUAGUAUCGAAAUUGAAAUUCCUUGUUAGUUACAAACCCUUCCGGCAUGUGAAUUUUGCAAUUCGUGUUUGCAUCUUGGUCACACUGCUGCAUGUUCUGUUCUCUGGAUUCUAUAGUCGGAGUACGCAAUGAUAUUAUUGUGUCAUGGGCACAGCCACGACUGAUCUUCAGGAAGCUUGGGAUGCCAUUCAGUGAUCAAAUGAUGGGGUUCUUUCAUCACCCAUCUUUUCAAUGGCGCUACAUUCAACGUAGCCUCGAUCCGCUCAAAUUUCGGAGGAUUGACAUAUACGAUUGUGUUCCUGGAUUUGUCCUAACCUCAAUUGUGCCCUGUUGGCGUUCCUGCCGCAGAUGUACCACAAUGUAACUUUUUCCAAUCAUCCUCAUAGGAUUCUUGUUCACAAGAGCAACCGCUGCAUGGUGUUAAUUAACGCGCUGCCUUCUGUCGGAAUUGAACGACGUCAUGUGAACAUGUGAAAAUUUUCAAGGUACAGUUUCUCUUUGAAAGUUUUCAUCCUACAAUUUUUGCAGCAUUCAACCUAAUCGAUCCCCAUAGCAGGAGUUCGUCGUGCGGUAUGCUCUUUGCAAAAUCGUGAAGUGUGCAGAGUUGCAAUAGAUUUUCCAUCUUGCUGUACCAAAUCGAUGACCGCUUAUCGCUUGUAGGAUUUAUAGCCCUUGGAUUCGACGACAUGAACAAUUUAGUAGGCGUGUUCAUUUGCGGUGACAUGAGUCACCUUACCCUUGAUGUACGACUUUCUUCCUAUGGAGGAUAGGAAGUUGUCAAUUAUCAAAUUUUAUCGAUGCUGGAGGCCUUUAUUUGUUCA